AUGAACCCCAAAGGUCUCAACCGUUCAGUCACAUAUCAUUAUGGUUCGAUAUUACAGCUACACUUCCUUUUCCUACUCUUCUCCAGCCAGGCUUAUGCUCAAGCCGCUGACGGUGGUUCAGAUAUGUAUGGAGAAAGCUAUGAGUGGGACCCAACCAUGGCAAUACUCAUAAGCAUCCUAGUCAGCGCUUUCAUCAUUAUCGGCUCUUUCUCCAUCUAUAUCCGUAGGUGGCUCGAGCAAGUCAUGGGGAUGAACGACGCACACUCCGUCGACAGGCUUCCCCUGAGCCGCACUCGGGCUCGUGGAAUCGACGCGUCGGUCAUCGAGACUUUUCCCACGUUCAGAUACUCAACGGUGAAGAUGCUCAAGAUCAGCAAAGAGGCCCUUGAGUGUUCCAUUUGCUUAAACGAGUUCGAAGACGAUGAGACCUUGCGUUUGGUUCCUAAAUGUUGCCACGUGUUCCAUCCUGAUUGUAUAGAUGCUUGGCUCCAGUCUCACUCCACGUGUCCUCUAUGCCGGGCCAAUCUAGUCCCCGUACCGGGAGAAUCGGUUGUUUCUAUCGAGUUACCCGGUUCAGACGAUGACACUCCCCGUUCUGAGAUAACCGGUGACCGGAAUACGGUUUUUGGUUCUCCGGAUGCUAGAUUGAUUGACUCCGUGGCGUUGAACUGUAACCAGAGUAUGUCACGUAGGUCUUUCUCUACCGGAUGGAAUUUAGCCGAAAUUUUCACCAAUUUCGGUUGGACCAGUGAACGUGAGGAGAAUCUAGACCGGUUCACGCUUAGGCUACCGCAAGACAUUCACAAUAAGCUCGUGGAACCAAGCCUUUUAAAAGGCCACGUGACGUUUCCUCAGAUGAUGAGUUCAAAGAGAGGGUACAUAAGAACCGGAAGCCUAAAGACUGAUGCAAACUAUAUUUACUAUGAACGGUUUGACCAACUUGGUGUGAUAGACCGUAAAUCUCUGUACCGAACAUGUUCAUGUUCGAUCAAUACAUCUCCAAGUAGCAGUGAUGAUCAGCUGUGUGCUGGUACACCAAGAAGUUUGCUUCUAGCGAUGAAAUCACCAUUCGACUGGUUGUUUCUUGGAAAGGACGACGACAUUGGUGAACGUUCGUCCGAUCAUCAUUGCUCAGGCUGUGAUAGCCCAUCGCUAGACCAAGUUGUGUAA